AUGUCGCACGUCCAGGCGCUGUUCGAUAAGCGCGAAGCGGCGCGCGUAGCGCAGGCGGAACAUGUUUUGCCACACAAAGAUAUUGCUGAUAAUAUACGAAAGCGGCCCAUUGCAGGUGUCGUUGGCGGCCGCGUCCCCAUGUCUGGCAUGCGAACGCCCUCGGCGUCGAGCAUUGCGCGUCUAACUGAGCUUGGCGUGUCGAGUGAGCCGAUCCAGGCAUUUUUGCGGAUUCGCCCAGCACCGGAUGAGAAAGAGCCCGUGUUCGGCAUCCAGGUGGUUUCCGACACAGAAGUAGUUAUGACGCCGCCCCGUGUGCAAACAUCAUUGAGUGCGCGAUCGACUGCACGAGAGCGCCUGCAUGCUGCUGCCACUCCGUCAAAAUACACCUUCUCAAAAGUGUUUCACGGCGAGCAAGGGGCGCCGGACCAGUCGGCAUUUUUUGCACACACCACGCUUGGUCUCGUCCGUGAUUUGCUGGACGGCAAGAACAGUCUGGUGUUUACGUAUGGUGUGACAAACUCGGGCAAGACGUACACAGUGCAAGGUAAGGACGGCGCAGGCCAAGCAGGAAUCCUCCCACGUGCUAUUGACGUCGUGUUUAACAGCAUCCAAGGCAAAGAAUGCACAAGCAAGGUUCGGCCCGUCGGGCUCAACGGUGUCCAUCCUGGAGUAUCCGAUUCAAUUCAUACCCUAUUUAGCGCGCAUCCUGCGGAGCGCAAGCCUCGGCCGCAGACGCCGCGCCCGCCGUCUGUGACGGAUUUAGAGGUGGACCGGACGAAGCUGGAGACAAGCGGCGCGUUUCGCUACAGCGUAUGGCUCAGCUAUGUUGAGGUGUACAAUGAGAAGCUGUAUGAUCUUUUAUGCAUGCCGAAUGCCGGCGCAGCAUGCGACGAACAUGUCGCACAGCGCCGGCCCCUUGUGCUGAAAAGCGAAGUAGAGAGCGGGGGCAAGUAUGUCGGUGGCCUGAAAGAAAUCAAGGUUUCCAACAUUGCCGAAGCGCGGGAACUUUUGCGGCGCGGCCAGGAGAACCGGACUGUGUUCAGUACCAUGGCGAACCGUGUGAGCUCGCGCUCCCACAGUGUGUUUACCAUCAAGCUCCUGCGCGAACAGGUCGACGUGGACCUCGCACAAGGCGAUGUUCUGGGAUUGAGCCGCAAGUUCUUUGUAUCGCGACUGAGCAUCGUGGACCUGGCUGGCAGCGAGCGUGUUGCAAACACGGACAAUGCGAUAGGCCUGCGGCUAAAAGAGGCGGGAAAUAUCAACAAGAGCCUCAUGUGUCUAGGUCAGUGCCUGGAGACCAUGCGCAAGAAUCAAAUUCGCGCCGGUUUGUUUGCAGGCGAGCAGCGCGAACAGAGCGUGGCGGAAGCACUGCCCAAAGCACCGCGGCGACAAAGCAUCAUUCCUUUCCGUCACUCGAAGCUCACGGAACUUUUCCAGUCGUUCUUCACGGGCGACGGCAAGGUCGUGAUGAUUGUUAACUUGAACCCGUUUGGGACGCAGUUUGACGAGAAUACCAAUGUGAUGCGGUUUAGUGCGAUGGCCAAGGAUGUCGGAAUUCAUGUCGCACAGGAUGCACAGCCUGCUUUCUCCACGACAGAGCACGCAUUGCAUUCCGAAACACUUGAAGAGUCAGACGAGGAAGAGGAUACGUUUGUCACGAUGCUUGUCGAGGAGAAUAGUCGUUUGCGCCAUCGCGCCGAGCGUGCAGAGAGUUUAUGCCUCGUGAUUGAAAAAUCAGUGCGCGACGAGAUGGCGCAGUACAUGGAAGCGGCACUGCGGAAGAUGCAAAGGUAUUACGAUGCACAACUGCGCACGGAGAUGAACGAGAAUGACGACUUUUUGAACCGCAAGAUUGAUUUGUUUGCACGGCUCUCUGCAUCGUCUCACGCAUCCCCGGUCAAGGGCGUACUCCUAGACACGGAGAACAAUGCGCAGCAAACAUACGCUCAUGAACCUCCUGAAACGCCCAGGCCUUUGCACCCAAUACCCAAUUCCACUCCGCGGCACUCCGUGGCAGACAAAUCUGCCGCUGACGAGUCGCAUGACCUCCUAUUUCAGCCCGUCGCAGUGGGCUCGCCUAAAUCUUCAAGGUACGGCUAA